AUGGUGAGCUUGAUGGCAUUGUUGUGGCGUUUGCACAAUGCUCUAGUGAUCCAGCCUGGGAAACUUAGAUCAAUUAUGAGGAAGCAAGGGAUAAGAGGACCACCACCGACCCCUUUGUUCGGAAACAUUUCGGAGAUCAAGAAAGCUUGGUCCGCCCCCGCGAAUGCUCCUCCCUUUUUCGAUGUUCCAAACAAACACGACUGCGCGACUACAAGUAUUAGUUGUUAUGAGGCAUGUUUAUAUUAUCUAUGGGAAAUACACAAAAUUUUCACAUCCAAUGGGACUCAAUGGGCUCAUCAGCGAAAAGUCAUCUCACUAGAAUUGUUCGUGGACAAAGUUAAGGGAAUGACGAAGCUAAUUCAGGAGUCUGCCAUGACAAUUGUGAACUCGUGGAACAAAGUGAUUGAGGAGAAAGGUGGGAUGGCAGACAUAAAAGUUGAUCCUUAUAUAAGGCGUAUGUCAGGAGAUGUAAUAUCAAAGACAUGUUUUGGAAGCAGUUAUAACAAAGGUGAAGACAUUUUCUCCAAACUCACUUCACUUGAGGACCUUUCAAAAAAAACACUUCACUUGAGGAAGCCACUUCUAAGAAGUUCUUGGCCAUUGGUAUUCCCGGGAUGA